AAGCAUUAUCUUGACAUGUUACAAGUGACAACCUAUUUGUACAUUGUAUCGAAUUCUACUCUUUGAGUGCCUAGCACGGAAUACUUUCUGGUAGAAAAGGAUUGUCAUUACAAGGUGAAUUAUUUCCUGGUUUUGGCAUCAAUAUAAAUAUAUUAGUUAAAUACAUUUAUGGAAGAUUGAAUCCAUUGAUCCAUUACUUUACAGGAGGCUGAAACUGAACUUUCAGUUUAGAAUUGUCUUUCCAAAUUCCUUGGAAGACACACAUUGUGCGCUCCUAGAACACAUUGCAUUUUAUUGGGAGGAAGUACGCAAGUUAAAAUGUAAACCGCUGUCUUGAAAGAAAACCGUGUAGCAGCUUGAAAACAUAGUUCGACCGUGUAGCAGCUUUGUGACACACUGCAUUGGAUGAAUGGUUCAACUGCACACUCAGUAACAUGAUAACAUCCCCCUUCAUCCGUCGGGGCAUCCAACAACACCUGUCAGUCUCGAAAUGGAAAGCCAUAAACCGUGGGUGCAGUUUGCAAAAGGUGAGGAUGUGCCAUGCAUCGGACUCGUCUAUGGACCUCACCAAUGGCAGUUACCCGGCGUCAACUGUCCAUUCCAGGAGGACAUACAGGUCCAGCAAUGGCCCCAAUCAGAUGGCCAUUUCACAGGUCAAUCACAUUCUAAAAGCCAACGAAUACAGCUACAGGGUGACGGACGGUCGCUCUGGAGGGUCAGUCACCGGCUUUGACAGCAACAUCCUGGCCUCCAACAGCCCCAGUGAGGACAGGAGGAGCACGGCCACCUGCCUGCAGAGCAGGGGGAUGAUCUUUGGGGUCUUCGACGGCCACGCCGGCUCGGCCUGUGCCCAGGCAGUGAGCGAGCGCCUGUUCUACUACAUCGCCGUGUCCCUGCUGCCCCUGCAGACCCUGCUGGACAUCGAGGAGGCCGUGGAGAACGAGCGGCCCGUCAUGCCCAUGCUGCAGUGGCACAAGCACCCCAACGACUACGUCAGCACCGACGCCGGCAAGCUCUACUUCAACAGCCUGCGCACCUACUGGCAGGAGCGCAUCGACCUGCUGCGGGAGGACGUUGAGGAGGAGGGCAUCCAGGCCGCGCUGACCAACGCCUUCAAGAGGCUGGACAGCGACAUCUCCCUGGAGGCCCAGGUGCACUCCGGCUCCGGCGGGGACUCCGGGGAUGCCCACUCGCACUUCACCCCGCUGCGGGUGGCCAUGUCCGGGUGCACGGCCUGUGUGGCCCACGUGGACGGCGAGGACAUCCGGCUGGCCAACCUGGGCGACAGCCGGGCCGUGAUGGGGGUGCAGGAGGCGGACGGCAGCUGGUCGCCGCUCACCCUCACCAACGACCACAACGCCCAGAACCCCGACGAGAUGCAGCGCGUGCUGUCCGAGCACCCGCACCUGGAGCGCAAGACGGUGGUGAAGCACGAGCGGCUGCUGGGCCAGCUGCUGCCCUUCCGAGCCUUCGGCGACGUCAAGUUCAAGUGGAGCAGCGAGCUGCUCAGCCACAUGUCGGAGGCCAGGCCCGAGAUCCACUCGCCGGGCAACGAGUUCGGCAAGAUGGUGCCGUCCAACUACCACACGCCGCCCUACCUGAUCGCCGAGCCGGAGGUCAUGCACCACCAGCUGAGGCCCCAGGACAAGUUCCUCAUCCUGGCCACGGACGGCCUGUGGGAGCUGAUGCACCGGCAGAAGGUGGUGCAGGUGAUCGGGGAGCACCUGUCCAGCCUGCACUGGCAGAAGCCCCUGACGGCCAUGAGCUUCACCCUGGGCCAGAUGCACCGGCUGCUGCAGGAGAGGAGGAGGCGGGCCCAGUCGGCGCUGGAGGACGAGAACUCGGCCACGCACCUGCUGCGCCAUGCGCUGGGCAGCGACGGCUUUGGCUCCGUGGAGCCCAGGCGCCUGGCCAAGAUGCUGAGCCUGCCCAAGGACCUGGCGCGCAUGUACCGGGAUGACAUCACCAUCGUUGUGAUUCACUUCAAUAAUCCAAUUAUGUGAAGAAGGUGUAACCUCCAAGAGUUUCAGCCCUCUGCUCUGUCCUUCCAGCCCUUUGUACCAGAUGUGGCAUUACCUUAGGUUGUGUGAAACGGAACUUUACUUAUAUGAAGUUACUAUAUGAAGUAAUGUGUUUUAUAGUACUGUAAGUGUAUUUAUGUGAUCACAUUUUUGUCUAAUCAUUAGUCUCUACAGCAGGGGUGGGGAACCUUUUUCAUUCCAGGGGCCACUUUAAAUUCAUCUGAGGGCCGUAAAAGUCCUCCGAGGGCCGCACUAUGAACACAAUCCAGGAUUUCCCACUGCACUUUAGGCCUGUAUUGAAGGCAGCCACCAACAGAAUCCAGCUUCUGUAGGUCCCCUGAAUAUAACUUAAUUGUUUAUUUUAUUGUUUAUUUUACAAAUUUAUGUCAUAUCUCAUGUGAAGCUGCAGAACAUUGAAAUUGUAUCGGGGGCCGGAUAAAAUGGCCUCAAGGACCAUAAACAAGACAUAGGUUCCCCACCCCUGAUUUAUAUGAUCACAUUUUUGUCUAAUCAUUAGUCUCUACAGUCUACACAAUUCUCUUAAGAUGUGUGUAACAAAUGCUGAGUGGAAAUGCACAAGCUACAACUUUUUCCCUGCAAGGAAAACCUGGCAACACUCCACACGGUUAUUCUUAGGGCCGUAAAAAGGAGACAUUGACCUUUGUAAGUGAACAUUUAAAGAGCUAGACACUGACCAUGUUGAAGGCAAAGAAUUGCUCAAUAUGUGACACAGAAAGCCAAGCAGAAUGUUGAUUUAAUCACACUGCGAGGAAUUAGUUCAAACAGUAAGUAUACAAUACACUGUAACAAAUUCCUGCCAACUAUUCAAAUAUUGUACGAUAUCCAACAUUUGUGACUACAUUCUCAUUACAUGUGUGUAAAUGGAAAUGAUUUUGGCUAUCUGGAAUCACCUAAAACGGCAAAGAUUUUAUAUGAUUAAAUGUGAGGGGGAAAUCCAGUUUUAUUCAUACCUUUACAGCUGUACAUCAAUAUCAAUGCACAUCAAAUUGGUAGACAUAAAAACUAGUUUAUAUCAAUAUUGUAAAUAUAAUUUUGAUAUUCAAAAAUACAGCCAAUGAACAAGUUUAUAGUCAACCUAAGUGCAAUGGCGUUGGUACAAUGCAUAUAAACUGACCAUUGUUUACAGUUCCUACCCAUUUGCCUUGUUGGACCCUUAUUACCUUUACCAAGAUACAUGUAAUUUUAACUGGUGUCCGUGUGCCUUUAGGACAUAUAGCCUACAAAAGCGCAAGAUGGAAAGUUGGGUGUGCAACCGUUCACGACCUUGCUAAUAUUUGUUGCAGAAACUGUGUUGGUUUAGUGUAUUGACCGUGACUGUACAUUUCUCAAGUGUAAUUUCAUGUUUGCUGCUAUUUUAGAAGAAAAACACACAUUCCUUAUCUUGCCCUCUUUUAUCUACUUUUGUUACAACACUGAAAUCUGUGUUAAUAAAAAAAAACAUUGACCAAAGUUUGAAAUGUGUAUAUUUUACAAGAAACAGACAACAGCAGUCAACAUCACAGCACUAUGACUUUAUUUUGAAAUCAAUUUCCGUCAAGGGCUUUACAAAAUCAAAUCUUGAUUAGAAAACAGAUACUUCUAUAUCAAAUGGUUUCCAAGUCAACAUAAAAGGAAAUACUGGGUUUGCGGACUUUCCCCAUAGCUCAUAGAGCCUAAAAAACUGAAUGUGCUGAUGCUCAUCUACAACUGCAGUUCAUUCAAAAAAAGGGAAAAAAAACAAAACGAAGGUGUGCUGAAUGUAAAAAAAAAAAAGAAAAAGAAAAGUUUCAUGGGUCUACUAUCCAACCAGAAAUCAUUGCUCCCAUGUACACAGUGUGGGUAAAAAAAAACAAAAAAACAAA